UCCUCACACGCCUCUCUCCCUCGUCUCUCUCCCAGCGCCGCACACAUCCAACCCUCCCCCCAACGCCAGGGCAGACAGGCCCUGCGCCCCAUCCACAGCCCCUGCCGCGCUGGAGCCCCACCACCGUUGCCGCGCCCGCGCCCGGGGAUUCGCCGCCUAUCGUCGUCCUCGCGCCACCGCUGCGCAGAAGCUCCUGCCAUGGCCGCACCUGCCUGGUCCUUCGUGUCCGUGCCGCGCCAAGUCACCUCCUUGCCGGAGAUGGAUGGAUCCCGAAGGCCCCUCGCGGAUCUGACCUCCCCUCGCCUUGCUCCCCUCGCCGAAGACCCCUCGUCGACCGGUGCCCACCUCCGUCGCCACUGCCGUGCCGGCGCCUCGCCGUCUCGGUCGCGUCCGCCGCGGCUCCCCGCGGCCCCGGCGAGCACGCCCGCGCCUGUGGGCUACCACCUCCGCCCCGCAGCUUCUCCGUCGUCCCCGCGCCGCUUCUCUACCUCGCGCCUGCCGGCCCGUCCAGCCGCCGGACCUCACCGGCAGGGUCCAUCCGGCCUCCCCGAGCCCUCCUCUACAACGAUACACCGAGACCGACGCCGCUGCUACCCAGUAUGACUACGGUGUUGACGACCCC